AUGUCAAAAGCACAAAAAAAUACUACUUCAAUAAUAGCUAAUUUUUUUUCCGACAUAAUACGAUUUCCACAAAUCGUAGUUAUUAAUGAUGAAAUAGAUUUUGUGUGUCCUAGUACUAAGGAUUAUAGUAAUUUGAAAGAAUACACAAGCUUGUUUUCUCAAGUAGGGACGUUCACCCCUAUUGCAGGCCUUCUUUUUAGUAUAUUUAUUUAUGGUGCAAAAUCUGUAUUUGGAAUUAUGACAACCUGCUUGAUUGAUGAUAUGGUUAUUAUUGCAGCUUCUUUUGGACCAAUCCUUUGGUGGUACACUUUUGCCAAACCAUUAUGGUUAUUUGGAAUAAUACAUGAAAUCCAAAAGGAUACAAAUUACAACUACGAAUUUAUUUAUUCAAUAGUUCUUGGUAUUUUACUCGGAAGUAUGGUAGUUAUUCUGAUUUUGGGAUCAAUUUUGAGGUUACAUUUUCACAAUCGCCGGAAUAAACUUAAUGAAGAUUCAUUAUGGUUCCAUAUGUCUCCAAAGAAUUAUCGUCUUACCAACAAAGAAUUCUUCGCUGUUUCAACAGCCUUCUUUGUUUGGGGGUUUUUUAUUCAUUCAAUUGAAGUCAUAAUUUAUAGUGUCUUGUCAUAUAAUUACAUCUUUUUAACAAUCUUCAGAGAAUUCGAUGAACUUAAUUCAAAUAAUGGAUCAAAGGUUGUUGUGCUUGCAACAUAUCAUUUUCCUGAUUUGGAAAAAUAUAUAAUUUGUAUUGCUAGUGAAAAUAGACUUUACCAUGUUUUUACCGUUCUUCUCGCUAUUGUUUUGACCCGUUCAAUCACAUCAUUCUUUUCUGAUAGUGAAGUAGUUUUACGUAUUUAUAAUCAAUAUAAAGAUGAGAAGGUUUAUGCAGAAAUGGAAGCUAGAAAUAUUAAGGAAGUUCAAUAUUUUUAUACAUGGGAUAAAAGGCUGAAGAAAUCUAUAAGAUGCCGAUUUAGUUCCGCGGGUGAAUACUUUUAUAUUCAUGAAGAAGAAGAAAAAUUCGUUAAAAGUGAAGAAAAAAAUAGAGAAGAAAAUGUAGAAGAGGAAAAAGAAGAAAAAGAAGAAGAACUAGAAGGGGGAAAUCAUGGAUAUUACUACGUUACGAUUGGUGAUAAAUGGGUGUAUUUUUAUAAGCUUGAUUAUAAAUAUAAUAAAGAUCUCGAAAACGAUCUAGAAUUUUUUCCUAAAAUGAAAAGAUAUAUUUUCGGGAAAGGAGCCUUGGAAAGUGGUCCAAUCAUAGAAGAAAUUAAGAAAAUUAUUCAGAUAGGGAAAAAUACAUACUAUUAUAAAUAUGAAGAAUUCGGUAAAGUGAAAAAUAUAGAAUUUUUACUUUCCGAUGGAAAGGAAUUCCAGAAAAGAAAACCUGAAGAUAAUAUUACGGAAAAGAAUGGGACAAAGAUAGAAGUGAAAAGAAUGGAAGCAGAUGAUAAGGUUCUACCAAGAGACAUAUGA